AUGACCCAUCAGUUCCCAGCGCUGUCUCCAGAGCAGAAGAAAGCUCUUGCAGACAUAGCUCAGCGGAUUGUGGCUUCAGGAAAGGGGAUCCUAGCUGCAGAUGAAUCAGUGGGUACCAUGGGGAACAGGCUGCAGCGGAUCAAUGUAGAGAACACGGAGGAGAACCGCCGAGCUUUUAGAGAGAUACUCUUCUCUUCGGACACUUCCAUCAACCAGAGCAUUGGGGGAGUGAUCCUUUUCCAUGAGACCCUCUAUCAGAAAGACAGCAGUGGAAAGCCAUUCCCAGCACUCAUCAAGGAAAAAGGCAUUGUGGUGGGAAUUAAACUGGAUAAAGGCACAGCACCUCUAGCAGGAACAAAUGGAGAAACCACCAUCCAAGGGCUGGAUGGGCUGGCUGAACGUUGUGCCCAGUACAAGAAAGAUGGUGCUGACUUUGGCAAGUGGCGUGCAGUGCUGAAGAUCACCAGCACAACACCCUCUCAACUUGCCAUCCAGGAGAAUGCCAACACAUUGGCACGCUAUGCCAGCAUCUGCCAGCAGCAUGGCUUGGUGCCCAUUGUGGAGCCAGAAAUCCUGCCUGAUGGAGACCAUGAUCUCCAGCGCUGUCAGUAUGUCACAGAGAAGGUUUUGGCUGCUGUUUACAAGGCUUUGAAUGAUCAUCAUGUGUACCUGGAGGGAACACUGCUGAAACCCAACAUGGUGACACCUGGGCAUUCCUGCUCCAAGAAGUACACCCCUCAGGAUGUAGCCAUAGCAACAGUCACUACUCUCCUCCGCACCGUUCCUGCUGCUGUUCCUGGAAUCUGCUUCCUGUCUGGAGGUCAGAGUGAAGAGGAGGCUUCUCUCAACCUGAAUGCCAUGAAUCAGUCGCCUCUGCCUAAGCCUUGGAAACUGACCUUUUCUUAUGGGAGAGCCCUGCAAGCCUCUGCCCUGGCUGCUUGGCUGGGCAAAAACGAGAACAAGAAGGCUGCUCAAGAGGCCUUCCGCAAGCGGGCACAGAUUAACAGUUUGGCUUGCAGGGGACAGUAUGUCCUGUCUGGGAAGACUGAUGCAGCUGCCAUGCAGUCACUGUUCACUGCUAGCUACACCUACUGAUAUCGCAGGAACCUUCCUUCCUCCUGUCUCUUCUCACACAGUGGAAGAUGUUCAGAAAUGAAAGAAAAACAUAGAAAUCUAAUUUCCCUUACCCUUCACCAAAUUGGAGAUAG